AUUAUUGAUUAUUGAAUUUGAGGAUUGUCGAUUCGUCCAGCCAAUGGUAGUUGGCCGGUUUCUUUGGUUUUGUGGACAUCUCUAACGACUGCUUCGUAAGCUCCGCCUCUGCUAAAACCCCUUCUUCAACCUCAGACUGAACCAUUUUCUCUCUAUAUGUAACCCCUGCACACACAUCUAAUGUACACUUUGCUUCCCCAUUCCAUUAUUCUUCGAUCCCCUUCGCACCCUCCCUUAAUCUCCAACAUGACUUCUUUCCUCACUCUUCCCUCAAUUUCUCUCAAGAACCUCCAUUCCCCUCCCGCUUGCUCCCAGCCCGCCCUCCCUUCCAAUUCCCUCUGCUUCCUAAAUGGGAUUCCGAGUCUUGGUUUUAAACAUUCUGAUCGAUCUAGGGUUUUCACGAGCGUAUCGGUCGGAUCUCAGACGGCUGUCGAUGAUGCUUUGUUCUCUGAUUACAAGCCUUGUACCGCUUUUCUGUUCCCUGGCCAGGGUGCACAAGCAGUUGGAAUGGGAAAAGAAGCUCAAAAUGUGCCUGCUGCCGUAUCACUGUACAGAAAAGCAAAACGACAUAUUAGGGUAUUUAUCCACUAA